AAGCAUUUCUCAUAUUGCGUAUAAAGUUUUCAUUUCCCGGAGAUAUUCACUUCCGUCCGGCUUAUUACUCCGGCUGCCGUUUGGUUUUCCAAGAAGAAGAGGAAGAAGAAGGUGGUUCAAAGAUAAACCUACAGUGAAAAUUAAACAGCCUUAGAAUCGCUUUUGGAACGAGACGCUGAUGGUUAGUCUAUGCUUUUAUGGAGGUUGCUUGACUUUUGAGUUUUUGAUCUGAAAGAGUAUUUGGAAGAAAGAGCUCGUCGUUGUUAUCGGUUUAAGUCAUGUCUGGGUCGAGUAUGUACAAGACGAAGCUUUGCGUUCUGUACAGGAAGAGUGGUACAUGUUCGAGGCCGAAUUGCACGUUUGCUCAUGGAACUGCUGAGCUUCGUCGUCCUGGGGAAUCUUCAUUCACAGGCAGACGUCACAAUCUGGAUAUCGACUUAAGAAAUAAACUUGGUAGACAGUUUUCUCCAGAAAGGAGACAUUCUUUGGACCGAAGUGGAAGAAGGUUUCAAAGAUUUAGUGGACAUGAAAAUCACAGACCAUUUGAGAGGCGAAGAGAUGAAGACUACAGAGGGAACCGCAGAUAUGAUGAACGAAGUGAUAAUGCUGGUGGUCUGAAAGAUGGGAAUAGGAUUGAAGUCAGGGAAAAAGAUGAAAGAAAUAAGUUUCAGGGUUACAACAAUGAUCUGGAAGAGCAGUUAAAAGAUGUAGAGCUGGAUGUUAAGAUACUUACUGAUGACAAACUACGAUUGCAGGCUUCCUUUGAAAGGAAAGCACAGGAAGCAGACAUUCUUACUUCUAGGAUCCAGGAGCUUAAGACCCAGUUGGAUAGAGAGAAAGAGGAAUGUAAGAGGAUUACUUCAAGCACGAAGAAAUUUGUGAAAGAAUAUAACCGUUUCUUGCGGGCACAAGAUGAUCUAAAGAGGUCACAAGCCCGUCUUCAGAAGUUGGGAAACCAACUUAGUACAUAUCUUCUUGGAAAUGAAGGCAACGACAGGGAUGCAGACGUCGAUAUUGUGAGCGAUGCAGAGAAUAAUGGUCGGAAUCUGAGAACUGCUUCUGAUUCACAGAAUGAGCUGCAGAAUACUUCUUCACUGUUCAGGAAAAGGCAUUAUGAGGAUCAAUUUACUACUAACGAACCUGUUGAAGAUGCCUUGAUAAGAAGAGGUGAAGAAGAGAAGGUGGAGAAUGUGAAGAGACCUUCUCGUUGGAAUAUGGUUUCUUCGAAAGCAUUUUCCGAAGAAGAAAGUGGAGUGCGGAACGAUGAGGACGCAAUUAACUCAUCAAAGGAAGAUAAUUGGAAAAGAAGAAAGUUUUCUUCUGGCACCUCAUCUAGUAAUAAGGUAGUAUCGUCUACGAGCAUGGCUGGUCGGGCAUUUGAUGAAGUUGCAGAAUAUGAAGAAAAUCGUCAAGCAUCCACCAAAGGCUCGCCUCUGAAAUCUCUUCCUCCACCACCACCUUUCAGAGAUGCCCAUUUUCAGGGAGACGAGGAGGAUGUAAACGAUGAUGUGAUGGAACAGAGGAAAGCCAAUGACGUUGAAUCCAUCUGAUCAUAAAAUCUAUUAAUCUGAAUCCAUAACCGCAAAACUUUGAACAGAAGAAGCCGUUUUUUCUUAAGUAGUCUUUUGGGAACUUGCUUAGGGGAGCCUUGCAUUUUGUUCUGUGCAAUAUUAACAAUGAUUAGAAUCGGUACAUGCUUCUGUUCAUCAUCUUUAGUUACUGUAUUUGAAUCUUCUUUUAAGAGUAUGAGAGUUUACAAAGAGUUUUCGUUCUUAAGCUCUAAAAGAAAUAAAA